AUGACUUCACCAUCUUCGCAACCUUUCCUAUAUGUGCGGUUCGGGCGAACAAUUGCCGAUAUUCAUGAAGACCUUUUGCUCUCUUCUACGGAUACAGCACUCCAUCCUGCGUCAACAGAACAAUCACGAAGCUUGCCCAUAAACGCUUUGUUCCAGCUGAGGCUGAAGGAAGCGAAUGAAUAUACGUCCUCAACCGUCCGAAACAAAUCGAUAUCGCCGUUCCGCCGGGAGAGCGAGUUUUCAUCAGCGGAUAUACCGCCAACGUCAGGCCAGACGGUACGCCUCAGAGACUUGGAGGUAGGAAAAGAUCCGAGCCUGCCGUCAGGUGUCAUGAUCCACACAAAACGAACAAAGCGGGCGAAGCAUCGCGUAAUUUCCUGA